AUGGUCACAGUCACCCCGGUACCCACACGGGAGGCCUCUUCCAGUGGGAUGAAGAUGCUCAGACAGCACCAGAUGCUGCUGGUGCCUUCUCAUCCCGAGCCAGUCAUGCCAUGGGAUGUGGAGACACCUAUCCCACCUGUGCCCACCCCCGAGGGACUGAGAGGCUGGAAUGCCCCCUUCUGGCCCACAGAUGCCCCCAACCCCACAGCACCUGAGAGAGCACCCAAAGAGCUGGGCUCAACAGCCAACUGGAACAUGGACACCACAGCCAACUGGAACACAGAUACCACAGCCAACUGGAACAUGGCACUGCCCACACCCGGCACCACUCAGGAGCCCUCCGGACCCCCAGGCACCAGCCCCACACCAUGCCCUGGGGAUAAGGAGCCAGCUGAGACCUGUGGGGAGCCCACAGAGAAGCAGCGGGCAGCUGUGGCUGAGGCACUGGGCACCUUUGCCCUCCGCUUCUACCAGCACAUGGCAGAGGCUGCUCAGCCUGACGCCAACCUGCUCUUCUCCCCUAUCAAUGUGGCCAUGGGGCUCUCGCACCUGCUGCUAGGCUCCCGCGGCGAGACCCAUGAGCGGCUGGGCAAGCUCCCCUGCGUGCAUGGUGCCCUGCAGCAGCUGGCCAGCGCACCCGGCCUCUUCUCAGCUGCCCAGAUCUUCCACCACCCAGAGCUGCACCUCCUGCCGCGCUUCCUCAAUGACUCCUGGCACUUCUACGGUGCCCACCCACGUGCCUUGAGCGGCAACGAGAGCCUGGACCUGCAGCGCAUCAAUGCCUGGGUGCGGGAAGCCAGCAAGGGGCUGCUGCCCACCCUGCUGUCUGCACUGCCCCCCCAGCCCCACCUGCUGCUGCUCAGUGCUGUCCACCUGCAUGGUAUGGCCCCACCACCUAGAUCCACUAAGCAGACUGUGUUGUUGCCCUUCCUGCGCCCUGGGAAGCCCCCGCGCAUGGUGCCCACCAUGACCAGCACCAAGUACCCGGUGGCCUCCUUCUUUGACUCCCGCCUGCAGGUCCAGGUAGGGCGACUGAAGCUGAGUGGGGGGCUGAGCCUGGUGGUGCUGGUGCCACGGGGACACCAUGGGACACUGGGGUCCCUGGAGCGGGCGCUGGACCCCCCCACCUUCCUGGGCGUGCUGCGGCAGGCAGUCCACGCGCCCCUCCGGGCCACCUCUCUGGCUUUGCCCCGGCUGCACCUCGACCAUGCCCUGGACGUGGUGGCCCUGGUCCACGACAUGG